UAUCGCCUCUAUAAAGAAGUUGUUAUCAGUUGGACAAACAGUCCCAAGGUUUAAUUUUACUUGUUGUCACACUUUGCUGAAGUUAUCUACUUUAUAGCAUUGCACGGAGUGUCAUACCUCAUUUAUUGUGCAAAGCUAGAAAGAGCAUGGAUUAGGAAAAUAACGUAAAUAAUUGUUGUAUAUUUACAAAACACAAUAAUGUCAGAGGAGAAGAAAAGUGAACUUGUAUUUUAUGUGAAUGGAAAGAAGAUUGUGGAGAAGAAUGCUGAGCCUGAAACAACUUUACUGCAAUAUCUCAGACAGAAUUUGGGUUUGACAGGUACAAAGCUAGGAUGUGGAGAAGGAGGUUGUGGUGCAUGUACUGUGAUGGUAUCCAAGUUUGACCACUCCAACAAGAAAAUAUGUCAUUCCUCUGUGAAUGCCUGUCUAGCACCACUAUGUUCCAUGCAUGGACUGGCAGUAACAACUGUAGAAGGUAUAGGCAGUAUUAAGAAAGGUCUUCAUCCAGUUCAGGAAAGGCUUGCCAAGUCACAUGGAUCUCAGUGUGGAUUUUGUACACCAGGAAUUAUUAUGUCAAUGUAUACACUGCUACGAAAUGAUCCUCAACCUACCGUUCAACACAUGGAAAAAGCUUUUGAAGGUAACUUGUGUAGAUGUACCGGUUAUAGACCUAUCUUAGAUGGUUUCAGAACAUUUACUAAGGAGUACUGUGGUAUGGGUGAAAACUGCUGUAGGAAUAAAAAUGGUAACAACAAUAUCCAGUCACAGGAUGGGGUUGGAACAUCACUUGUUAAUGCCAAAGAAUUCUUGCCACUAGAUGCAACACAAGAUCCAAUAUUCCCACCUGAAUUACAGACAUCUUCCAAAUAUGACACAGAUUAUCUGGUGUAUGAAGGUGAAAGAGUGAUCUGGUAUAGACCAACUAAAUUACAGGAAUUGUUAGAUCUCAAAUCAACCCACCAAGAUGCUCGACUUGUGGUUGGCAACACGGAAAUAGGUGUUGAGAUGAAGUUUAAGAACAUGAAGUACCCUGUGAUGAUAGCACCAACACAUAUACCGGAGCUUGUUGAUAUUACCCACACAGAUCUAGGCAUAAGAUUUGGGGCCUCAGUUACACUCUCCAGGAUUGCAUCAGGAACUUAAACAAGCUAUAGGCAAAUAUCCAGGUCAAAGACAAGAGUAUUUACAGCUUUUGUAGAGAUGUUACGAUGGUUUGCAGGAUACCAGAUUAGAAAUGUUGCUGCUGUUGCAGGUAAUAUUAUAACUGCUAGUCCUAUCUCAGACUUGAACCCUUUAUUCCUGGCAUCGGGUGCCAUAUUGGAAGUACAAAGUAAAGAGGAGGGUAAAAGACAGGUUGUUAUGGAUGAGAAGUUUUUCCUUGGUUACAGAAAGACUGCUUUAAAGUCCACAGAGGUUGUGAUAAAUAUACUGCUUCCUUUUACAUCGAAGAAUGAGUAUUUUGGUGGUUACAAGCAAGCAUAUAGAAGAGAAGAUGAUAUUGCCACAGUUAAUGCAGGGAUUUAUGUACAGUUUGAAGAUAACAGUAAUGUUAUAAAGAAGUUAUCCCUGGCAUAUGGAGGCAUGUCUGUUAUAACUGUAAUGCCCACAAAAACUAUGUCAGCUGCUGUAGGAAGGAAGUGGGAUGAAAGUCUAGUCACAGAUGUAUGCAAGCAGCUAGCCGAUGAUCUCCCGUUACAAGCUGGAGCACCGGGAGGGAUGGUUGAGUACAGGCGAACCCUUACAAUCAGUUUUUUCUUCAAAUUCUACCUCACAGUACAAAUGCAACUACAGUCUAUGCACCUAUCAAAAACCAAAGUACCUUCAUACUUCCAUAGUGCCACGCCCCCAUUUCACCGUGACUCGUCAAAGAGUAUUCAGAUGUACCAGGAAGUAGCCCCAGGGCAGUUAGAAGAUGACCCCGUCGGUCGUAAUAUCAAACAUAUGUCAGGAAUGAAACAAACUACUGGAGAAGCCAUUUAUAUUGAUGAUAUGCCUAAACUUCACAAUGAGUUGUAUAUGGCAUUUGUAACCAGCAAGAAAGCCUAUGCUAACAUUGUCAAUGUUGAUGCAUCAGAAGCGCUGACAAUGCCUGGGGUUGUGGACUUUAUCUCUCACAAGGACGUCCCCGGUCACAACAAAUGGGGAGCUACUAUUCCAGAUGAUGAGGAAAUCUUUGCUUCAUCUCAGGUACUAUGUGAAGGACAGAUUAUAGCUGGAAUAGUUGCAGAAACUCAAAUACAAGCACAGAGAGCAGCUAAAUGUGUUAAAGUGGAAUAUGAAGAGUUAAAACCAAUCAUCACUAUAAAGGAGGCUAUUGAGGCGGGAUCAUUCUAUGGUAAACCACUGUCAAUUAAUUGUGGUGAUGUGAAUGCAGCAUUCCAGCAAGCUGAUCAUGUGAUAGAAGGUGAAUGUCAUGUGGGUGGUCAGGAACAUUUCUAUCUGGAAACACAAGCUGUCAUUGCUGUGCCUAAAUUAGAAGAUGGUGAAAUGGAAAUGUUUGUGUCCACACAAAAUCCUACUGAAACACAGAGUGUUACAGCAGAGGCAUUAAAUGUUCCUGCCAACAGAAUUGUUGUCCGAGUGAAACGGCUAGGUGGUGGGUUUGGAGGGAAGGAAACCAGAUCCAUUAUCAUUUCUACACCUGUUGCUGUAGCAGCCAACAAACUAGGACGUCCAGUACGUGUGAUGUUAGAUCGUGAUGAGGAUAUGUUGAUGACAGGGACUAGACAUCCUUUCUAUGCAAAAUAUAAAAUAGGAUUUAUGGAUGGAGGAAAGAUAACAGCAUUAGAGGUUGACCUUUAUAGUAAUGCUGGUAUGUCACUGGACCUAUCAUGGGCUGUAACACAGCGUGCAAUGUUUCAUAUAGACAAUGCAUACAAGAUUCCUAAUGUUCGUACAACAGGCCAUGUAUGUAAGACAAAUAUACCAUCCAACACAGCGUUCAGAGGAUUUGGUGGACCGCAGGGCAUGAUGGUAGUUGAACAGUGUUUUACAGAUGUAGCGUACACCCUGGCGGUAUCAUCUGUAAAGAUAAGGGAGCUAAAUCUAUAUCAAGAAGGGGACAUAACUCAUUAUGGGCAGGAACUUGUAAACUGUACUAUCCAGAAAUGUUGGAACGAAUGCAAGACCCAGAGUGAAUAUUUCAGACGUAAAAAGGAAGUGGAUAUAUUUAAUAGUGAAAAUCGUUGGAAGAAAAGAGGUAUCACAAUGGUGGCAACAAAGUUUGGAAUUUCCUAUACUGCUCAGUUCUUAAAUCAGGCUGGUGCAUUGGUACAUAUAUACCAGGAUGGAUCAGUAUUACUAACACAUGGUGGUGUAGAGAUGGGGCAAGGUCUUCACACGAAAAUGAUACAGGUUGCAAGUCGAGCUCUCAAGAUUCCUAUUUCAAAGAUACACAUAAGUGAGGUGGGAACUAAUACAGUACCUAAUACAUCAGCAACAGCCGCUAGCUGUAGUUCUGAUCUCAAUGGCAUGGCAGUUGUUAAUGCUUGUCAGACUUUACUUGAGAGAUUGGAGCCUGUAAUGAGGGAUAAUCCUAAAGGAACAUGGGAAGACUGGGUAAAAUCUGCCUACCUGCAGAGAAUAAGUCUGUCUUCUACUGGAUUCUACAAAACACCUGGAAUUGGAUAUGAUUUUAAAACAGGAAAAGGAAACCCGUUUAAUUACUUUACAACUGGGGUAGCUUGUUCUGAGGUAGAAAUAGAUUGUUUGACAGGUGACCAUCAGGUGUUGAGGACAGAUAUUGUUAUGGACGUUGGUAUGAGUUUAAAUCCUGCCAUAGAUAUUGGACAAAUCGAAGGAGCUUUUACUCAGGGAUAUGGUAUGAUGAUGAUGGAACAGCAGAAGAUCUCACCUAAAGGUUUCCUGUUUACACGAGGACCUGGCAAUUAUAAGAUACCUGGUUUUGGUGACAUUCCAGUAGAGUUUAAUGUCACCUUGCUCAAAGGCAGCAUCAAUGAACGAGCUGUGUAUUCUUCAAAGGCUAUUGGAGAACCGCCUCUGUUCCUUUCCUCAUCAGUAUUCUUUGCGGUCAAGGAUGCUAUAGCUUCAGCUCGUGCAGAUGCGGGUUACCAUGGUAACUUUACAUUACCAAGUCCAGCAACACCGGAACGUAUUAGAAUGUCCUGUGAGGAUCAGUUUACAGACUUGUUUCCCAAGGCAAAAGCUGGGACCUACACACCAUGGUUCGUAGAGCUGUAGUGGAACUGUUUGUAUUAAAUGUUGACUUGUUAUAUAUAGAACAUCAACUUGUUCAAUACACACCAUGGUUCAUAGAAUUGUAGUGGAUUUGUUUGUUUGUUAUAUAUAGACCAUCAGAUUGUUCACUUAGACCAGGGUUAAAAAACAGCUUGUUUGCUUACACCAGGGUUAGAAAACCAGCUUGUUUAAGGCCCUGUCACACUAGGAUGCGAUUUCACUGCGUUCGCACGGCGUUGUUAAAUUUAACAAAGCGCCGCGAGGUCGCAAUAAAAAAUGUAAUAUUGUUGAUGUCAUGAAGACUGCACGGCGUCUUCACGGCGAUCAUUGCGAUGCUACGGAGCUUCGAUGGCGUUUUAGUUGGCGAUUGUCUACAUUCGGACUGCGCUUCUAUGACGUUCUAUGCGCUUUCACUGCGCAUUUACGGCGCUCUUGAGGCGCUCACACUGCGUUGAAAUCGUAAAGCUCCGUGAAAGCUCCGUACACACGCAGUUUAAGCGCGGUAAAGAUGUCGCACAGUCUCCGUACAAGCGCCGUGGAUAACCACGGCGUUCAUUCGGCGUUCCUUUUGCACUUUCGCAGCGCUCCUGUUGCGUUGUAGGAUAUGCUACUGAGUUGCUACGGCGUCCUUACUGCAAUGCUACUGCGCUCAUUUUAGAACGCCGAGCGACGGCGUUUGUUUUGAGCAUGUUCAAAAUGCGUGCCGUUGGUCGGCGUUCUAUGCGAUGCCACUACGAUGCUACGGCGAUGCUGUGGCGAUGUUUGCGAUCUUACUGCGCUCACCUCGGCGUUCUGAAUUUUCUUUGGACGCCGUGAGAACGCCGUCCUAGUGUGACAGGGGUUUUACAGACAUCAGGGUUAGAAAACCAGCUUGUUUGCUGACACCAGAGUUAGAAAACCAGUUUUUUGCUAACACCAUGGUUAGAAAACCAGUUUGUUUGCUAACACCAGGUUUAAAAAACCAGUUUGUUUGCUUACACCAGGGUUAGAAAACCAGCUUGUUUGCUUACACUAGGGUUAGAAAAACAGCUUGUUUGCUUACACCAGGGUUAGAAAACCAGCUUGUUUGCUGACACGAGAUAAGAAAACCAGCUAGUUUACUUGCACGAGGUUAGAAAACCAGCUUGUUUGCUUACACAAGAUUUACAAAACCAGCUUGUUUGCUGACACCAGGGUUAGAAAACCUACUUGUUUGCUUUCACCAGGGUUAGAAAACUAGCUUGUUUGCUUUCACCAGGGUUUUUAAAAAAUUCACCCCACCUGUUAUUGUAAAUAAAUUGUUAUUUGAUUGGUUAAUGGGUUGUAUAAUUAUGCAUCAGUUUCGAGUCAAGAAAACCAUUUUUCUGUGAUAUUUACAAUGAUUAAUUACCAUGCUUUGUGUUUAUUUGUUAAAUUUUGAUACAGGGCAUUUUUUUGUGGGAAGAUAUUAAAAUUGGUGCAGGGACGGCAUCAUAGUUGCUGUUUUAUUCUUUUUUUUGUUUCUGUAGUUUUCCUUAUUGCUCAAAUAUGUGUUAAAGAAAUUUAGUUAGUGGUAGUUUUAGUAGUAAUUGUUAGAGUACUAGAAUGAAAUUGUUCAACAAAGAUGAUAUUAUAAAAUUUAUGAACCAGUUAAUUGAUUUGGUGUCUUGUUAUAUAUUUUUCCUUUCAUUGACUAUUACAUAGUCAUACUGGUACAUGAACAUUUACUCAUUGUUUUCUGUCUAAAGUAUGUUUGUGUAUUUAGAUAAUCAAGAAGUUUGAUAUAUAGUAUAUUGUUGGUGUUUUAUUAUUACAAACAAAAAAUGGUAUAUCUAUGAAAUAACAAUCAUAUCAGUGGUUGAAUGCAAAACUGUUGUAAGUCCUUCUUUUCAUAUAAGUCACUGCAGUUUUGCGGUCAACCCCGAUAUGUACAUCCAGCAGGGCUGGCAAAAUCUGGUUUUGACUUAUUUUUCCAUUGUUAUCUUACAAUUUCUUAACUUUGUCCGUAUGAUAUUGAUAUAGUAAGUUCUUGAUAAUUUCCACUUGUCCGUCUGUACAGGUUGUGAGAAACCUGCAAUACAAACAAUUGAUUUUUACCUCCCUUGGUCCAUAGAGGAGUGUAUAAUGUGAUCAGAUUAAAAAAUUUUGUCAUAUUUUUUUCUGAUGUUUUUUUUUUAAAGAGUGUUAUUAUUACCAAGGUUAUAUUAUGUGUAUACAGUGUUAUGUGACUUAUCACAACGGGUUCCAUUCUGUUUCAAAGUCAGACUCAUUUUCAAGAUGUGUUGAAAUAUAAAAUAUAAAGGGUUGUCAAAAAUGUUAAACGGUAUAAGUCAGUAUACAAAAGGUAGUUAGGUUAUUUAAAUUCUCCUACAUAGAUAUUAUAUAGUAAAUAUCUAAUAAUAAGACAUUUGACCUUUUGCGUUUUUUGACCUUCACAUUGAAGGUCACUUUGGCACCGAGUUACGAUAUUAUAAAAUAAGUAUAUUUUGACAUUUAUUGUACAUGUAUGUACACUGUAUGGUAUUACGAGAUGAUGUAAUCAGAAUUUAUGUUAUACGGGAAAGACAACUAGUCUUCAGUUUUUCUGUUUUAGGGUCUUUAUUUAUUGUUACGGAAUUUUUAUGUACUUGUACAUAGUCACUUAUAGUCAUUGGUUAGUUUUUGUGAUUAUACUUUUAUUAUUUCAUCAUAUUUAUAUUUUAUUAUGUUAAUAUAAACAAGAACAGUAUAGGAAAAUCAAUUAUUUUAUGUUCAAGAUAUAGAAGAUAAUGACAGAUUUAAAAUAUAUCUGUUGAAGCAGCAUCCUGAUUUUUAUGAAAAUUUUGAAUAUGUAUUUAAAGGUAAUAUAUUGUAAAGUGAACAAAGAAAAUAAUUAACAAAUUACAAACGGCACUUAAUAUCCCCAUAAAUUACCGAAAAGUUGUUAAAAUAUGCUAAAUAGCUUUUCCUGCAAACAGUAGAAAUAUGAUGAUAAUGACUGCAAGGUCAGUCAUUAAUCACACAUUAGUUAUAAAUUAUUUAUUGAAUAUUUAAUCUUUUUACUUUUCUUACGAUCUUAGUAGGUUUUUCCCAAAGAUUGAUUUUAUUGAAAUAUUUUUGGCUCAUCUGGAGGCAUGCAGCUUUAAAAACAAAGCACGCCUCCAUAGUUUUGCUUUUUAUUCUGAAAAAAGGAAUUAAAUUAGUUGCCCAAAUGCAUUUUCUUUAGCCAAAGAUCAUGAUUGUCCUAUCUACAGAAGUAACCCAAAAACUGGCAAAAUAUCACAAAAUAGCAUUUUCAUUACUGGGUUUACAACACAUUUCUAAAACUAAUAAUAUACUUUUUUGAUUUUGAUAUUUGGAAAAUUUAUUUGUUAAGCCUAUUUUAGAUGACUUGAUUUUGUUGUUUAAUGUAUACAUUAAGAUAUAACAAAGAGAAUGAUUAUUAUUUUAACCACAACUCUAAUUAAAUGAAAGCCUUGUCCAGCUUCCAUCAGUAUCAAUGUUUGGGAUGAAAAUAAAGCCAACUGUAUAUUGCCUGGCCAGACUGAACCGAUAUACAGGCUGGCCUGGCGUCUUAAAGGUAACAAUGAUAAUGUAUUCAUAACACAGUUCCCAAAUACAAUAUAAAAUAUAGUGAAGAGUAUUUUCAUCCCGAUAGAUCUCAAAUAGUCUAUUCUUUGUUGUUAGAAAACUUGUUUUAAUUGCAGGUCUUAGUUAACCUGGUUAACUCGUAUAUUUUAUAACGGAUAGAAAUAUUUUGUAGUACUAUUAUAUAGAGAGUAGAUAAUCUAUUAGAAAUAAAAUAUGAAGGGAAAAUUA